UGUUUUAACUGUGGGUCCUUCAAUUCCGUCAGUUCCUUAUAGACCCACCGGCAUGACAUAACACAGCCGACCCACUGAAAAUGCCGCCCAUCGCAAAAGAAACGACUUAGCCGCCCUAUCUAUCACAUUUGCAAUAGCUAAAGAUAACUAACACGCAAAAUGCCCCACCAAGAGAGAAAAUCGAUGUGGUUCUUUGGCGGAUUGGCGAGCGUAGGUGCGGCCAUGGUGACCCAUCCGCUCGACCUCAUCAAGGUCACGCUGCAGACGCAACAGGGUCACCUGUCGGUGGCCCAGUUGAUCCCUAAACUCGCCCGCGAACAGGGAGUACUCGUCUUCUACAACGGCCUCUCCGCCUCAGUGUUGCGCCAAUUGACAUACUCCACUGCGAGAUUCGGGGUGUAUGAGGCCGGAAAGAAGUACGUCAAUACGGACAGCUUUGGCGGCAAGGUGGCCCUGGCAGGUGCAUCCGGUCUCGUCGGAGGAAUCGUUGGAACUCCGGCUGACAUGGUCAAUGUGCGCAUGCAGAACGACGUAAAACUACCGCCGCAACAACGACGCAACUACAAUAAUGCCUUCGAUGGACUGGUUAGGGUCUACCGCCAGGAGGGAUUCAAGCGACUCUUUUCUGGAGCCACCGCAGCGACUGCCCGUGGAAUCCUGAUGACGAUUGGCCAAAUUGCAUUUUACGACCAGACGAAGAUCUACCUGCUGGCCACGCCUUAUUUCCAAGACAACCUGGUUACGCACUUCACCGCCUCCCUGGUGGCCGGAACGAUAGCCACCACUCUCACCCAACCGUUGGAUGUGCUGAAGACGCGGUCCAUGAACGCGAAACCCGGCGAGUUCAAUGGCCUGUGGGACAUCGUGAAGCACACGGCGAAACUGGGUCCCCUCGGCUUCUUUAAGGGCUAUGUGCCGGCAUUUGUGCGUCUGGGUCCACACACGAUCAUCACCUUUGUGUUCCUGGAGCAAUUGCGUCUCAAGUUUGGCACCUUGAAUUAGCCGCGAUGCCAAUCGAUACCUUAACUAGGCAAUAAUUCUCCUUGGCUGGCUGGCAGAUUCCCUUGAGCAAUGCAACAUUCCAGCAGCAAUUCGUUCACCGUGUAGAACAUAACUUAGCUUUAGCCCGUUCCAGUUGUUAACCAAGAUGCUUUUAUGCUAGCAAAAUAUUUGUUGUUAAGCGUUCAAUGCCCGCUAUCCCGAAAUAUAUACUUUUUAAUAAAAUACAGAAAUGUAUUCAUUUACCGUGAAUAUUAAUGCUUAAAUAGUGUCGAUUUUUUCGCAAUUUGCUUGUUUAAAGUAAACAUAAUAUCUUUCCACUGCGUAUAACAAUAUGUAUAUUUGUACUGGAUUUUGAACAAACUUUAAGCUAAGAGCAAUUAAACAGAAGGUAGACCAUUAAAUAUAUUCUGUGCUAAUUGGUGUGGGCAUAGAAGGUAAAGGUUGACUCUAUCGUACUCCAUCGUCAUUGUCGUGCUGUUACUAAUUAUAAAUAUUUUGUUAACAAUGGCUAAGCAUUUGUUUGUUGUUGCUUUAUGUGUAAAAUCGGCCAUUCAAUAAAUAAAUAAAAAAAAGGACAAACGGUUU